AUGUCGAGGUACGUGAAGACACACCAGCCGCCCCUGGCUGCGGAGGCCGGGGGUGGGGGGGUGGAUGUCAGUCCCGGACGCCUGCGGCUGCGCCCGCGGGGCCGCCUCCAGGCGCUGCCCGGCCUGGCUCCCCGGCGCGCCCGGGGCGGAGGAGGCCGCUCGCGGCCGCGUGGCCUCGGUCACACGCUCUGCGUCCGCGCCGCUGCGCCGGAGGCCUGGUCCCCACGCAGACGGAGCGGGUGGCAAGCCCCGCGGCCGGCCGGGGCCAAGAUUGAAGACAAGAAAGAGGGUGAAGGAGAAGAGGACCCCAAGGGAAUUCCUGAAUUUUGGUUGACCGUUUUUAUGAAUGUUGACUUGCUCAGUGAUCUGGUUCAGGAACGGGAUGAACCCAUUCUGAAGCACUUGAAAGAUACCAAAGUGAGGUUCUCAGAUGCUGGCCAGCCUGCGAGUUUUGUCUUAGAAUUUCACUUUGAACCCAAUGACUAUUUCACAAAUGAAGUGUUGACAAAGACGUAUAGGAUGAGGUCAGAACCAGAUGAUUCUGCUCCUUUUUUUUGGAUGGACCAGAAAUUAUGGGUUAUAUAUGGGGUGCCAGGUAGGUUAGAAAAAAGGAAGAAUGCCACUUUAAAAACCAUUAAGAAGCAGCAGAAACACAGGGGAUGAGGGGCAGUUUGUACUGUGACCAAAACAGUUUCUGAUGACUCUUUCUUCAAUUUUUUUGCAUCUCCCCCCUCAAACUCCCUGAAAGUAGAGGUCUGGGGGGAUGUUAACCUUGCUGCAGACUUUGAAAUUGGUCACUUUUUACAUGAGUGUGUAUCCCCAAGCUCAGUGCUAUACUUUAGUGGAGGAGCUACUGAAGAUGAUGAUGAUGAUGAAGGUGAAGAGUCAGGUGAGGAAGGACAAGAAGAGGGAGAUGAGGAAAAUGGUCCAGACUAUGACCCAGAGAAGGGUCAAAAACCCAGCAGAGUACCAGCAGCAGUGAAGCAAGAUGUAUGUGGACCUGAGGAUAACCUACCAACCCCAUCCAAGCAGCACGUUGCAUUUGGUCAUCAGGCCUUCUUUGGCUUCUCUUCGCUACAAGCUCUCCUGUCAACCUCGCUUGCCAAGGAUGCUGUGACAGAGAUCUUCAAGGACGCUGGCUUUCAGUUCCUUAUUCAGUGUCCUUUGGGACCGCCCGAGGACACAGUCCAGAGGAAGAGGAGGAGGCUGGGGCUGGAGCCUGGGCGGGAGAAGCAGAGAGCCCGACUUCAUCAGAACCUGGGAAGCGACGAGAAACUGGCUCGUGAGUGGGAGAUGACAUGGCAGUAG